AUGCUCGAACACCGGAUGCAACAGAAACCCUUCAGCUCGCCUCCUUCAUCCACUGGCUCGCACGACACAGUCAGCACCACCACUGAGGAGCUCACUCGCAACCUCUCCGAUUUCUCCUUCAAUCCCGACGACGAGGGCACGCGCAGGCUCGACGAUGAUCUUUACAAGCCGUCCAAGAAACACGCUUCUAGAUCAGGUCGUUUUGGCUCGCGACAAAGCAUAAACACGAUGCUUAACACGUCGGCAAUUGCUCGCACCUUUCCGGAAUGGAGCGGUCUCGUGAGGAAGGAUACCGAUACCGUUUCCCAGACCCUCGACAUGGCCGGGCCAGUCAAGCCCACCGCCGCAGUCUACGCGGGAAAGGAGAAUAUCCGCCCAGCUUCCGAAGGCGCCAACGAUAACGUCUUCGACACCAAAGGGAAUCGCGCUCGUGUGGACAUGCAAGCCCGUGUUGAAAACGAGUCCGACUGUUCCACUAUUCUUUCGCUCUCGCCGGGAAGGGCUAUCCUGGGCACCAGCCGCUCUCGCUUUGGGCCAGCGGCGACGCAGGGCGCCCCUCCACCCGAUUCUACCAAGCGUUCGCUCCAGGAGGUGGUCAGUAAGAUACGAACUGAGCAGCAAACCACCAAACAGGACUCCACGCCCAAGCGCUCCCACUCGGCUGAAGCGGGACAGCCAGUCUACGAGACCCCUGCCCCAGGGCACACGGCCGUCACCCUCGGAAUCAGCCCGACCGGCCAGUCAUUCUUCCUCCCUUCCUUCCGUCAUCUUCCGGAUUGGACAUCCGGUGUUCUCAAGUUCACCACCAUGAAGAACGGCGUGCCUGUCUUCGUUAAAUCCACCAAGUCCGGUCUACGACUGGAGCAAUCUAGACAAAACCAUGCUCAGCUCGCCGGUGUAAGUAUACCAGAGGAGGACGAGGAAAUCUUUGUCUCGCUGGAUAAGAUCCAGGACGAAGUCCGAGAACUCCACGAUCAUGAUGCGAUGCUUCAGCGUGAAGCAGAGAGGCUGCAGCUCGAGGUUAACCAGCUGCAAUCCGAACUUAAGAGGCUCAAGAGCCGGAAAUCCACCGACAGCGCCAUUGGCUCCGAUUCCGACGGGUCUUUCAGGCGCAGCGGCGGCUAUAAUCGGGAUCUAGAGGAUGAGAUCGCCCAGCUCCGCGAGCGUCUGGAUCACGCAAGUAGGCAGGUGGGUGUCAACGACAUCCACAGCGCUGCGCUCACUGCCGAGCGCGAUGAGGCGUUGCACCAAGCUUCUGUGGCUCGUGAACGGGCCGCUAAGCUGCAAGCAGAACUUGAGGCCACACGGAAGGACCUUGAAUCCUCGCUCCAUUUUAUUCAAGAGAAGGAAACCAACAAAGCUCUCACUGCCCAAAACGAGAAGCUGCGUCAGGAACUGAGCGGUGUCCAGAAGGACCUAAGCACGACCCGUGAGGAGCUCGCUUCGGUGCGCAAGCAGUACGAGGCUCUCCAGGAAGAAAAACGGCUGGCUGACCAAGACCGCGCAAGCAUGGAGCGCAACUACGAGAGCUACCUCAAGGAAAACAAGAAGCUGCAGGCGCAAGUUGCCGCUCGUGACCAGCACAUCGGUGAUCUGAGGAAAGGCAUCAGCACCCGUGACAGGAUGCUCGACAACAUUCACAACGUGCCUACUGAUACAGCUGUUCUCGAGCUGAACGCCGAGCUUGAGGCCGAACUUGAGCGUGUACAAACUAGGAUAGAGCGGCAGACUGCCGAGAUGCAUCAAAAAGACGGAGAUAUCAGCGCCAAGGAGGGUCGAAUUCGCUCUCUCAAGGAGCAGAACCUCGAUCUCUCAAUCGAAAACGAGCACCUACGAGAGGAGAAUCAGCGACUUCGCACCGAGAACGAGGAGCUAAGAAGCCAGUGGGUCGACGAACGGCAUAAGGUGGUUCGAUUGAACCAACUGCUCUCAAAAAGCAAUGCCGAGUACAUGAAGACUCUCAAUGAAAAUACCGGGGGGGAUUGUAUUCGAUUAGAUGGCCCCACACAGAACGAGGACGCUCUCCGGCAGAAGCUCGAGCGCCGAGAGGCGGCCGUUAAGAAGCUCAAGCAGCUCUCUAACAAGAUCAGUGAGAUAGCUCAGCAGGAGUUCACCGGAAUUACUGCAACUACCGGGAAGACGACCAAGGUCACCCGUAUUGUCGACCCCAAAGAUAUGCCAACGGUCACAGAGGAGUUGACAGGAAAGAGCACAGCGCCCUUGCAUGUCGACGAGGACCCGACAACCGAGCUUCAUCUGACGCAGGAGUCUGACUUUGCCAGUAUCAUGGAGGGCGAAAUUGCCAAGCUCCGGCAAACCUACCGGGAGCUUCAGCUGAGGCAGCAGCAGGCCAUCGACGCAGGGGCUGCCGGUGACACGAUGCAGGUCACCGAUUAUACCUUGCCUCCGCUCUCCGCGCCGACUCUUCAGCGAAGCAAAUCCGAUAGCAGCGCCCUGCACUCAAAGGCCGCGCAGGCCAAAGGCCAGCCGCCUGGUAUCCUUAAGAAGUCAAGCCAAUUCGCGCUUGAAGAUGACACAGGCCGCUUCAGCGUCAAGUCGGCUCUGAGCAUCGUUAGCCACCACACUGACGAUGAGUUCCAGCACACCCGCAGGUCCUCUGUGGGCGCCGCGAACACCCACAACGACACCCCGUGCCCAGAUCCUCGGCCGCGCCGCAACUCGGAGACGACACGUGAGCCCACCAUGACAGAGCCAAACAUGACCUCUGCCUUCUUCGUGCCCGACAUAACGCUGCAGGGCAAUAACAAGCAGGGCGUCACCGCCACACAGGCGACCGCUGGCCUCAGCAAGGACGCACGCCGCGUGCUGGAUGGUCUCUGCAAGCACAACUCCGUCAAUUGCAACGUUUGCGUCCGCAUCGCCGCCCACGGCGACAAGUACAUUGCCGCCGACGUUGCCUCCUCUACGAAUAACAACAACAACACGAUCCCCAUCACAGCCGAGGACGUGCGCAAGGGCAAAAAGACCGUUUGCGUGGAGAAGCCCGUUCCCGUCUCGGAUCGCCCGGAGAAGGGCCAACAAGAGCCGGAGGAACCCACCAUGCGGCCAUCCAUGGCCCCCGGCGAGGCCCUCGCCAUCCUCAUCAAGGAGACCCAGGACGAGAUCGAUCACCUGCAGAUGGAGCUCCGCCACCUGAACGACACCUAUUUUGGCCUCGACAAGGCGGUCGGACAGCGCGAGCGCCGGCGUGUCAUGGGCGACAUCAAGAAGGUCCAAGCCGAGCUCGAGGCAAAGAGUGGCCACCUGUACAAGCUGCACGACGUGCUUGAGGGCCAGAAGCAGGCCGGCCAGCUUAUGGCCAGGGACGAAGUUGAUGUUACUGUGCUGAGUGGACUCUUGAGGGCUGAGGCGUCCACGGGGGAGCACAGGGAUAGGGAAGGUGAAGGGGAGUGGAAUGGGUUUGACUGA